GCAUUUAUUGAAACAGAUCGCAACAAUGACGGGAAAAUUGAUAUAGAUGAAUGGAAAGAUCUUGUGUCCAUGAAUCCAUCGCUCAUGAAGAACAUGACUUUGCCGUAUCUAAAGGACAUAAAGGCGACGUUUCCAAGUUUUGUGUUAUAUUGUGAAGACGAAGAAUUGGAGCUUCAAAACCUAUCUUUCUAA